CAAUUUUCCCGCUCAAAAUCGGACGUUAAUCUCCAGUCCAAUUAAACCCUAGCAGAAGACAGCAGAAGCCAGACGAAGACGAAGAAGAAGAAGAAGAAAAGAAAGACAAAGGCAUGAAGAUCCGAUCAUUGAAGCUUCGAGAAGCUCACAAGAGUAAAAAUGGAGUUCCAUCUUUAUGUUCUAUCUUAUGGGAUCACCAGGCUCUCCAUUUCGUCACUUCAUCUUCUUCCGAACCCUCAAUCUCCAUUCACGACCCUCUAAUCCACUCCAGUCACCCCAAAAUUCUUCGUAAUCAUUUAGAUGGCAUCACAGCAAUCUCUCUCAGUCCCAAUUCCACUUGCCUCGCAUCCGGUUCCAUCGAUCAUUCAGUCAAACUCUACAAAUUCCCAAGUGGAGAGUUUGAGACUAAUAUCACAAGAUUCACUUUGCCAAUUCGAGCUCUUGCUUUUAAUAGUUCCGGUACCAUGCUAGCUGCUGCCGGUGAUGAUGAUGGAAUCAAGCUGAUCAACACAAUCGAUGGCACAAUUGCAAGAUUAUUGAAAGGACAUAGAGGUUCUGUUACUGGUUUGGCUUUUGAUCCCCUUACUGAAUACUUAGCUUCGGUUGAUUCUGUUGGGACUGUAAUCUAUUGGGAACUUCAGUCAGGUAGAAUACUGCACACUCUAACGGGUGCAUCACCUGAUUCUAGUUUAGAUUUUUCUAUUAUAAAUGUCCUCGCAUGGAGUCCGGAUGGGGAGGUUUUAGCUGUUCCUGGUUUGAUGAAUGAUGUGGUUAUGUAUGAUAGGGAUACUGCAGAAAAACUCUUUGUUUUGAGAGGUGAUCAUGUUGACCGUGUUUGUUACUUGUCUUGGUCACCCAAUGGGAAAUACAUUGCUACUUCUGGUUUAGAUAAACAGGUCUUGAUAUGGGAUGUGACUAAAAGGGUUGAUAUUGAUAGGCAGAAAUUUGAUGAUGUUGUGUGCUCAAUGGCAUGGAAGCCGACUGGAAAUACUCUGGCUGUUAUUGAUUCUAAAGGAAGUUAUGGUUUCUGGGAAUCAGCUGUUCCUUCGUCGAUGAAAUCUCCUACAGAAGAUAUUCCGAAUUCACAAUCCAAAAAGAGUAAUUUUCUCUUGUUCGACGACGAAGAAGAUGAAGAGCAGCAGCCUGGUGUAUCCGGUAGUUUGAGUGAUCAUAUUGGUGAAGAAAGCAAUGAAGAAUCUGAACCGGUUUCCAGAAAAAGAUUGAGAAAGCAGUCUGCACUCGAAGAAUAUGAAGACGACGAUGAUAUUGAUGUUGAUAAUGACUUUCCAAAUGUUGUUUCCCGUAAGAAGAGAACAACCCAGAUCAAGAAAGAAAAACGAGAUCAUACAGAAAAGGUGGCAAGAAGCACUGUCGUUUCAACUGGGCCAAAAAUGCAAGAAGCAUUUCAGCCAGGUUCCACUCCAGAGCAGCCUGGAAAAAGGCAUUUUCUCUCCUAUAACAUGCUUGGAUGUAUAACUGCAAUGGAACAUGAUGGUUACUCCCAUAUAGAAAUAGAUUUUCAUGACACGAGCAGUGGCCCACGAGUUCCAGCAAUGACAGAUUACUUUGGCUUCACUAUGGCUGCGCUAAAUGAAAGUGGGAGUGUCUUUGCAAAUCCAUGCAAAGGAGAAAAGAACAUGAGCACUCUUAUGUUUCGCCCAUUCAGUAGCUGGGCAAAUAACAGUGAGUGGUCUAUGCGGUUUGAAGAAGAAGAGGUAAAGGCUGUGGCACUUGGCACUUCUUGGGUAGCUGCCAUUACAAGUCUCAACUAUCUUCGUAUCUUCAGCCAUGGUGGAUUGCAGAGACAUGUCCUCUCUCUUGAAGGCCCAGUGGUGUCUGCAUCAGGCUUCGGGGAUCAACUAAUGGUUGUCACUCACGCGUCCCCUCCUUUUUCAUCGAAUGAUCAGAAUCUGGAGUUUAGGGUAUUCAACAUUUCUAAUGCAACUGAGCAUGUCAAAGGAAAGCUUCCACUUACUCCUGGUUCAGUCCUAACAUGGAUUGGAUUCAGUGAAGAGGGGAAAUUGUGUUCAUUUGAUUCAAUGGGUGUUCUUAGAGUUUAUACAGAUCAAUAUGGUGGAAGUUGGCUUCCUCUUUUCAGUUCUAGAAAAAUUAAGAAACCUGAAGAGAACUAUUGGGUAGUUGGGUUGAACUCAAGCAAACUCUUUUGCGUUGUUUGCAAAUCUCCCGAUUCAUUUCCACAGGUUUUCCCAAAACCGAUUCUGACAUUGUUAGAUUUUUCGUUUCCUCUUGCUUCCUCUGAUUUGGGAGCAGAUGCACUUGAAAACGAGUUUAUCUACCAGAAUUUGCAACUUUCUCAGAUUAAUAAAACAAUAGAUGAAAUGACUGACACUGGGGUGGACACAACUGAGCUUGACGACGAAGCUUUUACUAUUGAAGCAGGUCUUGAUAGAUGUAUUUUGAAGCUUAUAGCAUCUUGUUGCAAUGGUGAUAAACUGAUUAGAGCUACAGAACUAGUGAAACUACUGUCCAUGGAAAAAUCAGUAAAAGGUGCAAUAAAGCUUGUAACUGCACUAAAACUUCCAAAUCUAGCAGAACGGUUCAAUACCAUAUUGGAGGAAAGAUUGAUGAAAGAAUCGAAGAUUACGACUACAACAGCACCAGCACCAGCAGCAACAAAAGCUGUUCUCCCACAGAGAGAUUCAAAUGAAGAUGAAAGAAAAAGUAAAAGUAAAAAUGAAAUAGAACCGGUUUCUUCUUCAAUAAGGGAAGAAGAGAAGGUUAGUUUUCUUCCUAACAAAGUAAAAUUAGUUAAGAAGAAGAAAAAUGAGGGAAUUGUUGAGGAAAAUAAGGCACAACUUCCUCCUCCUUCUCCUCAAGUAGUACUACUAAAAACAAACCCAUUUGCCAAAUCACCAGCAACCAACCAACAAGAAAGGCUGUCUAUAUUUGAUUCUCUUGUGAAAAAGAAGGAUGACAGCAGUAAUGGUAAAAAGUAGAUAAAAUAGUAUGUUAUGGUAAAAUGUUGUUUGGUCUUUGUGGGCUGGCCAAGUGAAGUGAAGGUGCAAACAAAAAGUUGGGGAUAAUAUGUGUGCCAUAACAAUCAACUUAUUCCAUAUGUAUCUUCAAGUCUUCCAAUUUUUUGCCACUAUUGAAUUGGGUUUGGUUUCAUAAAAUAAUGUCUUUUUUUUCUU